CCGGAAUAGUUGUGACAGUGUCAUUAACAUGAUGUCUCCCCAUGCGCAAAUAGUUCCGACUUUAAGUCGUCCACAUCCGUCGGGACAUUUCCUGCACCGGUUGAUCGACGGCUUGUUUCAGUCAACGCUUCGGGGGUUGUUGUAGAGCAAGAUUUAGCAGCCUUCUUCUCGGCAAUCAGUCCCCCUGCAGAUCUCGUGGUGGUAGCAGCAGCAGCAGCCAUCUGAUCUGUGUUGGUCCUUGUGGUAGCUAGCCAUGGUGGUUCAUCGAUCAAGCAGCAUGUUGUCUGCUCUCUUUUGCUUGUGGAUCGUUGUACCUUCGGCCACCUGCCUCUCCUUCAAUCUCACUUUUCUUGAUCCCGCAAGUCGCUCCGGAAUCGAGCUGCAAGGCAAUGCAACCUGGAACAGCACCGAUGGCAUUCAGCUCACCAACGACAGCAUCAUCUACAACGUGGGGAGAGCGGUGUACCGAGAGCCGCUGCUCCUGUGGGAUGCCCGCACCAAGGCGUUGUCCGAUUUCACCACCCAUUUUUCCUUCAUCAUCCGUAACUCUUCGAAUACUUCAUCGUCCGGCGAUGGCCUCGCGUUCUUCAUGGCGCCGUAUCCUUCUCCCCUCCUCCUCGAUUCCUCCGGUGGCCCUCUCGGCAUCUUCAAAAGAGGCUCCUUGAAUUCUACUGUCCCGACGGUGGCGGUCGAGUUCGACACCUACCAAAACGAAUGGGAUGUGGACGACCACCACGUUGGGAUCGAUGUCAACUCGAUCGUCUCACAGAAGGUUGCGAGCUGGAACGGCAGUCUCAAGACUGGGAUGCAGGCGAAUGCAUGGGUGAGCUACGACGCCAUCACUCGUAAUCUGAGCGUCUUCCUCACUUAUGCCGACAACCCUGUUUUCGCUGGUGAUUCCGUCCUCCACACCGUCAUCGAUCUGCGGGAUCACCUACCGGCAAACGUUACAGUAGGCUUCUCGGCGGCCACUGGUCAGGUGACCGAGACGCAUGCCGUUCUAUCGUGGUCUUUCAGCUCGAGUCUGCAACCAAGAAGCAUUCCGCCGCCGACGGCUCCGACGGCAUCGGAUGCAGCGAAAAGUAAGAGCAAGACGGGGCUCAUAGUCGGUUUGGUGAUCGGAGCAGGGGCUCUGAUGGUCAUGCCGGGCUUGCUGUUGUUCGUUCUGUGGAGGAGGAGGAGGAAGUCCCGCCGCAGGAAUGCAGCAGAUCGUGAAGAGGACAUGGAUUUCGAUCAAACCACGGAUGAUGAUUUCACGGGAAACAGAGGGCCAAAGAGGUUCGCGUACAAAGAGCUGGCCCGUGCAACGAGGAACUUCUCCGACGAGGGUAAGCUAGGGGAGGGAGGAUUCGGGUCGGUCUACAGAGGUCACUUGAAAGAUCUGAAGCUUGAUGUGGCCAUUAAGAGGGUCUCUCGGGAGUCGCGACAGGGAAGGAAGGAGUACGUCUCCGAGGUCAAGAUCAUAAGCCGGCUGAGGCACCGGAACCUGGUGCAACUGGUGGGCUGGUGCCAUGACCGCGGAGAAUUCUUGCUCGUCUACGAGUUCAUGCCCAACGGAAGCCUCGAUUCCUAUCUGUACAGCCCCGCAGCAGGUCUGGGGUGGCCGGCGCGGCACAAGAUAGCGCUGGGCCUCGCCUCUGCUCUGCUCUAUCUGCACGAGGAGUGGGAGCAGUGCGUGAUGCACCGCGACGUCAAGCCCAGCAACAUCAUGCUGGACUCCGCGUUCAACGCCAAGCUGGGAGAUUUCGGGCUCGCCCGGCUCGUCGACCACGAUCGCAACUUGCAGACGACGGACUUGGCCGGCACGAGAGUCUACAUCGCCCCCGAAUGCUUCUACACCGGCAAACCCAGCAAGGAGUCGGACGUUUACAGCUUCGGCAUCGUCGCAUUGGAGAUCGCAUGCGGUCGAAGGCCAGUGGAACUCAAGGAGAAGGACCCGGGCAAGGAAAUACUGGUGGAAUGGGUGUGGGAGCUCUACGGACGAAGAACGAUCCUGGAAGCAGCAGACCCGAGGCUCAACGGCGACUUCGACGAGACGCAGAUGGAGUGCUUGAUGGUGGUAGGGUUAUGGUGUGCUCAUCCGGAUUACAACGUGCGGCCAUCGAUCCGACAGGCCAUCAACGCGCUCAAUCUCGAGACUCCACUGCCGGAGCUUCCCCCCAAGAUGCCGGUUCCCAUGUACUACACGCCGUGGAGUGAUGUGAGCCAGUCUCUGCAUGCGUCGUCUCUCGCCACGACAACUUCGAUUACUGCCAAGUCGGCACCGACGGGCUCCUCCAGCAUGUCUCCGAGUUCGUCUCACUUGCUGAAGUCGCCCAACACUGAGGCCGUGAUUUCUACAUGACUAUGUGGAUCAAGCAGUUUCUCUGUUUCGGUAGUGCAGUUUGUCGAGCGUCGUAAUAAUGAAGAUAACAGUGGGAAUUGCAGCGUAUGCAAUACCGUAAUGUUGGUGUUUACUUGAUUCCUAAGUUAUCAGGAUUUAUGUUGCAA